GAAGCCCAGUGCGGACCGUAGUGUUUCGGAGCCAGGCGGCGUUUGGAGGCUCAGUGAAAUCGAGGCUCGGUCGGGCCCUGGUGCGUGGGGCGGCUCGGACGGAGUGAGCGAGGGAGCGGCUCUGCUUUCUCAAAGUGUGGGCCUUCUUCCAGAAAAGAGGCAAGAGGGGAAAGGAAGGAUGGCUUCUGUGCUCCUGGCAGCAGCGAGGUCCCAGAAGUCGUUGACAUUUAAGGAUGUGGCUGUGAACUUCACCAAGGAGGAAUGGAGGCAACUGAACCCUUCUCAGAGAAAUAUGUACAGGGAUGUGAUGCUGGAGAACUAUAAGAACCUAGUCUUCCUGGGGCUUCUAGGUUCUCAACCAGAUGUGAUCUCCCAACUGGAGAAAGGUGAAGUGCCUUGGAUGCCUGAGGGAGAAGUACCCAGAAGCCCUUGUCGAGAUUCUCUUAUUCUGAAUACUAGGCGUAAAACGACAGAAUCAGUUCUGAAGCAUUCGGUUUCUCUUGGAGAAACAUCCAAAGAAAUACUCACAAAGGAUGGAUCUUGUAAUGCCAUUCUGGGAGAUGGCUGGGAAUGUGAUGUCAAGUUACAGAAGCAGAAGGAUAACCAGCAAAGAAAGUCUAAAAAAAUGACAGUUACCCAUGAAAGCAACAUAUUUGGGAAAAGCUUCAGUUCUGGUUCAUUACCUGUUCCACAGCAGAGAGCUGCCACAGGAAAAAGUCUCCAUGGGUAUGGAGGAAGCACAAAGAUCUCCAAACAGUAUUCGAGCAUUCUCAAAUGUCAUAAAAUCUCUGGCAAGAAACUUUCUAAGUCCAAUAAAUAUAGGAAAUCCUUCAGUUACCAUUCAGAUCUUAUUCAGUAUCAUAGAAAACUUACUGGGAAAAAAACAUGUGAAUGUAGUGAGUGUGGGAAAGCUUUUAGCACCAGAUCAUCACUUAAAGGACACCUGAGGCUUCAUACUGGAGAGAGACCCUUUGUGUGCAGUGAGUGUGGGAAAGCCUUCAUUCAGAGGGCCAAACUGAAUGUACAUAAGAGAAUUCAUACUGGUGAAAAACCCUUUGUUUGCCAUGAAUGUGGAAAAGCUUUCAGAUAUUCAAUAAGUCUUACUGAACAUAAGAGAAUUCACACAGGAGAGAAACCUUUUGAAUGUAAAGAAUGUGGGAAAGCCUUCAGGCAGAGCUCAGCACUUAGGAGGCAUCAGAUAAUCCAUACUGGGGAGAAACCCUUUGUGUGUAAUCUGUGUGGGAAAGCCUUCAUAGAGAGUGGAAAACUUACUGCACAUAAGAGAAUUCACACAGGUGAGAAACCUUUUCAGUGUAAAGAAUGUGGGAAGACCUUUAGCUACAUCUCAUCCCUUAGAGAUCAUUGUAGGUUUCAUACUGGAGAAAACCGUCAUGAAUGUAAUGAGUGUGGGAAAUCUUUCAGUAGAAGCACAUCACUUAAAGGCCACCAAAAAAUUCAUACAGGUGAGAAACCCUAUGUGUGUAAUGAGUGUGGAAAAGCUUUCAUAGAGAAAGUAAGACUUACUGAACAUAAAAGAAUCCAUACUGGAGAGAAACCCUUUGAAUGCAAUGAAUGUGGGAAAGCCUUCAGCCACAGCUCAUCCCUUAGAUAUCAUAGGAGACUUCAUACUGGAGAAAAACGAUACAAAUGCAAUGAGUGUGGGAAGUGCUUCAGUGCAAGUUCAACACUUAGAAAACACCAGAGAACUCAUACUGGAGAGAAACCCUUUUCCUGUACUGAGUGUGGGAAAGCCUUCAUAGAGCGAGGAAGACUUACAGAACAUAUGAGAAUUCAUACUGGAGAGAAACCUUUUGAAUGUAAUGAAUGUGGAAAGGCCUUUAGCUAUACCACUAGUCUUACUGAACAUCAGAGAAUUCACACAGGAGAGAAACCUUUUGAAUGUAGUGAAUGUGGAAAAGCCUUCAGCCAAAGCUCAACACUUAGGACACAUCAAUUAACACAUACUGGAGAGAAGUCCUUUGAAUGUAAUGAAUGUAAGAAAGCCUUCAGUAGUCGGUCAUCCUUGAAGCUUCAUUGGAGAAUUCAUACAGGAGAGAAAAAGUUUGAAUGUAGUGAAUGUGGGAAAUCCUUUAUCAGAAGUUCAUCACUUAUGAAGCAUCAGAGGAUUCACACUGGAGAAAAACCAUUUGCAUGCAGUGAAUGUGGGAAAGCCUUCAUAGAGAGAGGAAGACUUAAUGAACAUAUGAGAAUUCAUACGGGAGAGAAACCCUUUGAAUGUCAUGAAUGUGGAAAAGCCUUUAGCUACAUAGCAAGUCUUACAGAACACAAGAGAAUUCAUACCGGGGAAAAGCCCCUUGAAUGUAAUGUAUGUGGAAAAGCCUUCCGCCACAGGAUAGGUCUCACAGCCCAUAAGAGAAUUCACACAGAAGAAAAGCCUUUUGAAUGUAAAGAAUGUGGGAAAGCCUUCAGUAACAGCUCAAAUCUUAUGAUGCAUUGGAGACUUCAUACAGGAGAGAAACCCUUUAAAUGUAAUGAAUGUGGAAAAGCCUUCAGCAAUAGUUCAAACCUUAGGACACAUCAAAGACUUCAUACUGGAGAGAAACCCUUUGAUUGCAAUCAGUGUGGGAAAGCCUUCAGAGAGAAGAGACAACUUACUUUACACAAAAGGAUUCAUACUGGAGAGAAACCCUUUGAAUGUAAUGAAUGUGGAAAAGCCUUCAGUUAUCCAACAAGUCUUACAGAGCAUAAGAGAAUUCAUACUGGAGAGAAACCCUUAGAAUGUAAUGAAUGUGGGAAAACCUUCAGUCACAGCUCGUCUUUUAGGAAUCAUAAGAAGUGUCAUAUUAAAGAAUAACAAUAUCUAUGAAACAAAUAUGGGCAACCUCUAGUGACAACUCUUUCCUUUUGUAUCUUUAGAAAAUUCAUGUUUUGGAGAAAACAAGGGAAGGUAAUAUGUGAAAAUUUUUUCAGCAAUAGCACAUCCUUUGAGACCUGAGAAUUUGCAGAAUCACAAAAACUAUAGAGCUUUAAGGGAACUUGGGGAUCAUAGUCUAGCCAGUGCCAGUAGAAUGUAAGGUACUUGAGGGCAAGGACAUUUUUGGUUUGUUUUGGUUCGUUUUUCUUUGUCACUGGUUACCUAGCACAGGAUCUGGCAUGUGGGAGGUGCUCAACAAAUACUUAUUGAAUGCCAAGCAAGAAUCUACUAUGCAAUAUGCCUGAAAAAUAGGCUGGAUUAUUUGCUUGAAAACAACUCUGGUAGCCAAAGUAAGCAGGCCCAUUCAAGGUCCUUACUUUUACUCCAGCUACAGAAUCCUGUAACAAAAGAGCAUCUCUCAGGGAUUCAACUGGAACCAAUGAGAGGGUUGGAAUAACAAGUGAUAUGGCAGAUAUAGCAACAUGGGUUUAAGAAAGCUUUUACUCUUUUUUUUUUUUUACAUUUAAAAUAUAGAUGCCCAUGAGAUUGGACUUGUAGGUAGUUUAGAGCCAUGAACUUUCCUUGGAGAAAUACUUGUUAUGAAUGUAAAGUGACUUGAUUGGAAAGAACCUAGAAUAGCAUUUUUUUUUCUGUUGAUAAUGGGAAAUGAUAGCUAAACUUAAACAAUCCAAAGAUCUUCCCCUGUGGACAUAUGGAUCUUCCCCAAAGAAUUUGUUUGACUCCUAAUGACUUUCAAGCAUAGUUUUACAGAUGCCGGAAUUUUGAUGUGGACUUGAAAAAAGUAGCUGCAAUCAUCCUAUUAACAAAACAGUAUUGGGGAUAAUUGUCUAAGAGACCUGGGCAUCUGCCUCCUGGCAAAUGAUUGUUGUGGAUAUUUCUAUGAUUCCACAUUAAACCUAUUCUGUGUGUGUAGUUUUGUGACACAUGCAUCUGAAUUUGUAGCUGUAGUAUAUGUAUGAAUCAGUCUAUUAAGAAUUAAUUUUGCUUAGGAUUUAUUAUCCCUUUCUUUACCAAGCUGCUACCAAAUGCGAAAUACCUAGAAAGUUAUCAGCCCUCUAACUCCACAGAGGAGGAGGGAAGAGGGUUAACUACCAUUGUUGAAAGAAAAUUUCCAGAAAGUCCAAGACUACUGGAACUGUAGACUCAGAAAUUAUAAAGGUUUUUUCCUCAUGUGUGGCCACAUUUCUGUGAGCUGAGAACAAACACUCCUUUUCCUGUCUAACAAGGAAUUCUAAAGCUCUCUUCAACAAGAAUAGUCCAAAUAGAAGCUGAGAAAGGUAUUUUUAUUACUCAGUCUUAUCCUUCUUUACAUAUUUCAAAUGGCAGCGACCACUUCUCUUUAGUAUUCUAUCACUGAAUUGAUUACUAUUGGAAGUUAUUAUUAAAACUAAGUUUCUCAUAAAAAGUAAUUAUUAGCAGUGACCCAAUUUUCAGUUUGGUGAACCAUACUUUGUUGUGAACCAAAUAGUCUCUUAACUAUGUGUAUUAAUAAAUAUGCAUAAUAUUUUCAUACAUGUUUUUAAAAAAAAUAAUCUGUUAAAAUGUGUUAUUGAGCAUAAUCUUCCAAGAUGCUCUGUUGUUAAAGAGAAAAGAGUCUUAGUUCAUAAGACUUGGAAUAUGUGUUUUACAGGAAAAGCUAGAAAAAGUGAGCUAUAGGAAUUCAAUUUCUAAAUACAUUGUUUUAGCCUUUAGAGCUAAACAACAGGCAUAGAUAAAAUAGCCUUGUAUCUUUGAAGCAUUAAUUUUAGUGUGUUGCAUAUAUACAGAGCAAGAUUUGGGAUGCAGAAUUAGUGAGCAAAGAUCCUAACUAGCAGAACAAAAUUAGAAAAGAGCAGAGAAAUUAAAUAAGUAAUUCCAAGAUCAGAUCUUUGAUUUCAAUGAUCUAGAACUUUGUAUGAGAAAAUUCACUGUAUCAGGGCAAGUCAACACUUAGAAUGAAAUGAUUUUCCAUGGAGAUGGGGUGGGGUUCAUGGCCAAUCUAUUCAAAGGUGAAAUUUGAGCUUGGGUCUUCCUGGUUCAGAGGCCAGCUCUACUCACUCUAUUAUAUCUUACCCUUUUGGAGAAGAAGAUAAGCUACUUUAGAAAACUGGACCAGUACAGCAACUUUGUCAGUCUGGAGAUUUUACCCAGUAGCUUAAUAACCUGAUGAUUGAAUUUUUGUAAAGCCUAAAGUUCUAGAUGAGUGACAGAUGUUACUGUUUUACCCUUUUCCUCCUUGCUUGAAGAAGAGCUUUUUUGUAACUAUUAAGUGGCAAAUGUUUAAACUUAUAGGAUUCAACUCACCCAAUUGAAUGAAUAUAUAAUAAACAUUUUUUAAGAUAAGGAGUGUCUCCUCUCCCCUCCUCCCUCCAGAGUACCGCAACCAGAGAGAAGGAAAGAAUGACCUUGUAGUCAAGGCCUCUUAGGACAUCAAGAUCAGAGCAUACCUUUUGAAAACAGUGCAAAUAAUAGGAUUUGAAGACAUGUAAAGUACCACAAAACAUUUCAAAGGGUACUUGUUUUGCAGUGUUUAAGAAAGAACUGAGUACUUGCAUAAGGAUUGAACAGUGGCUGUUUUGCCAUUACUGGUGGCUUUUCAGUUUAGAAAAGCCUGUUGGCCCAAAGGUCUGAAUUGAAAAUGAUGAACUUUGACUUGUUUAUUAGAAACUGAAUUGCAGAUUGCAUGGAUAUUUGGGGAAUGUAGAUGAUCUGGGCCCAUGGGAAAGAAUGAAUGGAUUCCCAUUACUGUUUUAAUAGUGGAAUUUGUUUGAAGUUCUACCUAUCCAUUACUCUAUGGUGGCACAUCCUAUAAUGCUCGUUUUACUUGUCCUGGAAAUGUUUGGUUUGAAAUGUUUUGAGGUGAUUAUGUGGCUUGUCCUGUAUGAAUGACAUCAGGAGUGAGAAGCUGCUAGAUAUAAGUUCUGCUGCUAAUACCUGGCAUUUGUAGAGAGAUUUAAAGUUUGCAAAGUGCUUUAUAGAUACUAUCUUUUUUCAACCUCAAAACCCUGUGAGGGGUUAGCCAUGUUUUACAGAUGAUAAAGAAAUUUGCUAGAGUUUGUCAGACUUUCAGUCAGAGAAACAACCUUGAGCAAUAAUUUGAAAUUAUUUCUUCAUAUCAAAUGGAAGUAAUAUUGUCUGUGGGAAGAUAUGCUACAAUGUUAUUCUGAGAUUCAAAUAAGAUGUGUAUAAAAUGCUUUUUAAAAGCACUAUAUCAAUGUGAGCUCUUAGAAGUGUGAUAAAAUCAGUGCCAAUUGUUUGAUCUUUUGCAAUGAUUAAACAGUGGAAAUGACUAUAUAAGGUGGAACCCACUAAAGGUUCCUUAUUUGCUCAUGGUCCUGUUUUGGCCUUUGAAUUAUACAUUGCUUCAAAUUUCUGAGAAGUAGCUUGACUAAAUUAGAAAACAAACUGGUGCUAACAGCUAAUGGAUUGGGUAAACAUUAAUGCAUCAUCAACUGGCUAAUGAAGGGAGGAUGUCAGCAGGUUUCUUACUGGAGUGGUCAUCAAAGACCAAAACUAAAUUUUACCUAAUAUUGAAAACAUGAUUAAAAGGAACUAGGUCCAGAAAAUUUUCACAGUGUAAGGGUAUUUUUCAGGAGGAACUGAGUUCAAAUGUGACCUCAGAUACUUAACACUUACUAGCUAUGUGACUCUGGGCAAGUCACUUAACCCUAAUUGCCUCACAAAGAAAAAAAAGAUAAAGUUGACUCAAGUUGGCCAUACACAUUAUAUCCUUAAUUGGAAAACCUUUAAUAGCAUUUGGGUAUCAGCAAUAUUGGACUUGCUAUUUCACCACUACAGAGUGCUUAGAUGGAUGACAGCCAGCUUUGUCUUAGAGCAGGGGCUCUUUAACUUUUUUGUAUCCUGGACUAUGUUGGCAGCCUGAAAAACCUAUAGUUACAUCUCAAAAUGAUUAGAAUGCCUAGGAUUACAAAGGAAACCAGUUACAUUGAAAUAAUUAUGAAAAAGGGGCAGCUAGAUUGUGCAGUGGAUAAAGCACUGGCCUUGAAUUCAGGAGGACCUGAGUUCAAAUCUGGCCUCAGACACUUAUCACUUACUAGCUGUGUAACCCUGGGCAAGUCACUUAACCCACACUGCCUCGCAAAAAAUAAUGAAAAAAGUGCAUAGACCCUGGGAUAAAAACAUCUAGAGCAUAGGGGGUACUCUCUCCCCUUUAUAUUUUGGGCUCUUCAGGUUUUCUGCAAAAUGUGAGAAAACCAGAGAAUAAAGGUCCUGUCUCCCAAAUACAGAGAUCUGGGAUGCAGGGGAGGAAGUGCUAUAUUGGUUUUGUUCAAUGUCAGUGAUAUCCUUUGCCUGCAAGCUUCUUUAUUAUCACUAUUGUUUUAAGUAAAAUUACUUUGUUUUUAACUGUUGAUUCUUGUGAUAACCUGAAAAAGCCAACAUCCCUCUUUGUAGUUCACAGGAAGUGAGCAGUCAGUAAGCUGAACUUGGUUGGAAACAGUUUUCAGGAAAUUGGGGCAUAAUGGCUAAAGUGAAAGUCUGUGUGUAAACCCUUCUCCUAUUCACUGUUCCCAAACAGCUAAACAUGUAUCCAAAAAAGAGAUGCAUUUAUAAAAUUCUAAAACUUUAAAAAGGGGGGAAAUGCAGCAGACUGAGUUAAUCAGGAUCAAGCACAGCUGUAAUAAAAUAAAGAAAUACUAUGGGCUAAUAGAAUUAUGGGAGAAAUCUUCAAAAGAAUUUUUUUUUUGCAGUAACUAGGAUCCAAGAAAAGAGGAGGGAAAUACCAUCAUAUUUCAGAGAGUUACUGGAGGAUUAAUAUUAAAAUUGAAGAAGAACUGAGCAAACUAGAGCUUUGGUUUCUUUGGAUAGGAGCUGUAAAAACCUUGGUAAAGGGGGCAGUUAGGUGGCACAGUGGAUAAAGCACCGGCUCAGGAUUCAGGAGUACCUGAGUUCAAAUCCGGCCUCAGACACUUGACACUUACUACCUGUGUGACCCUGGGCAAGUCACUUAACCCCCAUUGCCCUGCAAAAAAACAAAAAAACCCUUGGUAAAACAGUAGACACCCUGGAAAAAAGAAUGGAGGGAACUGCUGGUGUUUCCAGCAUACUGUCAGCAGGUAGGUGGUACAUUGGAUAAAGCACUGGUCCUCGAUUCAGGAGGACCUGAGUUCAAAUCCAGCCUCAGAAACUUGUCACUUACUAGCUGUGUGACCCUGGGCAAGUCACUUAACCCUCAUUGCCCCACCAAAAAAAAUCCCCCCAAACCAAAAAAAAAAAAAAAAAAGGAAGCCAAUUAUAUACCAGAAAUAAGACCAAAGUGAAAAGAACAAAAUUAUAAGAAGGUGUCAAGAGCUUUACCACAAAAACCAGUUGGUUGGCCUGGAAAAUUUCUUGAUGUUAAAAGUCAUAACUCUCCCCAAAAGUGAUAAUAAAUCAUAAAUCUGAAUAAAGAGUGAAAACCCAGGUUUUACUCACCCAGAAGUGUGAUAGCCAACUGGCAAAACUUGGAUCAAAAUAAAUACUGCAAAUAGUUAGGAAAAGACCACAUACUAAGUAGUUACACUUAAAUAAGACUAGUCAUCAGUGAGAAAGCAGAAUAAGAUCCAAAUUAUAUAGUGAAAGGUAAAGAAAAAUAGUUUGCAUCAAAAAUGACAUGUAAAAUUAUGCAUACUUCAGUGAAUAGAGAAUUUUUUAAACAGUUCACUUGUAAGCAUCCCUUUUGCGAAAAAAAAAAAAGGGACAACUGGGCAGUCUUAAUUGCAGUACUGCUGGGUAAUGAUCUUGUGCUAAUAAUCUAAUUAGGAGAAAAGACUACUCUGUAGGAUAGCCCAUUGUGUCAAAACAGAUAAAUUCUCUGAGGUUUGGAUUUCAAAAAGAAAUAGCAAUAGCCAAGAGGAUAAGGAAAAAGACUCUAAGUUGGAAUGCCAUAGGUAGUUCUUUAAAACUUAAAGGGGGAGAAAGAGGACAUCUUAUGAAUUGUACCCAAAUCUGGGCUUGAGAAGAGUUAACACAAAGUUAAUGAGAGAAGACCAUAGAUUUAGGGAUAGUGGCUGAGGGGUUAUCUAGUUUAAAGCCAUCAUUUUAUAAUUGAGCAAAGAAACCCAGAGAAAUUAAAGGACGAGUAUGGUCAGAGGGGUAGUCAGUAUCAGAAACAGGACUAUGACUCUAAAACUCCUUCCAGGGACCAUAGAGUGUACUGGACAAAGGAGUUACAAAACAAAAAAUCUUGUAACAAAGAUUAAAUUUCAUCCCAAGACAAAAACUGAAGCAUUUUUCAGUGCUUGAGCUAAUAUGAAUCAAAAUAUAGUUAAAGGGAAAAAAGGGUAGGGCAGCUAGGUGGUACAGUGGAUACAGCACUGGCCCUGGAGUCAGGAGGACCUGAGUUCAAAUCCAACCUCAUACACUUGACACUGGCUGUGUGACCCUGGGGAAGUCACUUAAUCCUAAUUGCCUUGCAAAAAACAAAAACAAACACAAAAAAACAGAGCUAAGACAGGAUGUUGGCUCCCCACAUUGAGACAACUAGAAGGCUUCAAAUGGCUCACUCUACCCAGAUAAAGCUGAAAUUUCAAGUCAUGUUACAACUUGGAAUGAAUAGUGAAGAUUUAAAGGACUUGAUAAAGUUUGUGGAAUUCAGCCCCAAGUUGUUAAAGUUCCAUGACAAGUUAAAGACCAUACAAGCACAGGUGUUAUGUGAUGCUUUUGAAGACUCAUUUCUCCAUUGUUCUGCCAACCUUGGUAUUUUUUUUCAACCUUGGUGUUUUGAAUAUAUUUGUAUAUUGAAGAUAAUUGCCAAACUGUUUGCAGUAAAGUUUUUUUCAUUUUCUUUAUUUUGGUGGGGCAGUGAAGGUUAAGUGACUUGCCCAGGGUCACACAGCUAGUAUAUGGUAAGUGUCUGAGGCCAAAUUUGAACUCAGGUCCUCCUGAAUCCAGGGCCGGUGCUCUAUCCACUGUGCCACCUAGCUGUACCGUGCAGUAAAGUUUUAAAGGUUAUUUCCUAUCGUACCAGUAAUAUUAGCCGAGGGAGAUUGUUGUGGUUGUUUUUGCGGGGCAACAAGGGUUAAGUGACAUGUCCAGGGUCAUACAGCUAGUAAGUGUGAAGUGUCUGAGGUUGGAUUUAAAUUCAGGUCCUCCUGAAUCCAGGGCUAGUGCUUUAUCUACUGUGCCACCUAGCCGCGCCCCCGCCCCCCAGGGAGAUUGUUAAGAGCAAUUUCCAAUAAACUUUGUCUUGUUUUGUGAGCCAGGAACAAUUAACAUAUUUCAAUUGUCUCCCUACCCCCCAGUAUAUACAUAAGUGGCAUUACAUGCUGAAUUAAAAUCUCCAAUCCCUGUGAAGAAAGCUUGGGGAAGGGAAGACCCCAACCAUCCCAGAUCAAAGAUUACCCAAGUGAAAAAUAAGUGCUGGGGCAGGAUCCUAGAUUUAACUACAGGUCCUCUUGAGCUGGAUACUCAGUGAUAAUGGCAUUUUUGUAGUGCCUGAACAGAGAAACUGCAGCCUCCAACCAAUUAUUUAUUAAAAUACCUACUGUGUACCAAGUGCUCCAUGAGGGGCUGUUGACCCCACACUAGCAGAUUGUAGAGCAAGGGCCCCACCCUAAUUGGUUGAGUGUAGGCAGUUUCAAAUCUCCUUUCUGUUUUCUGACCUGGUUAGUGACCAUAUCCCUUUGUUGUCACAUGUGCUUCCUGAUCUAGAUAUAUGAUGUCCAGAAGGGAGAGGAAGGAAUAUUUUUUUCUUUAUUAAAAAGACAUUAAUAGGGGGCAGCUAGAUGGCACAGUGGUUAAAGCACCGGCCCCGGAUU